AUGGGCCCUCCAGGACCGCAAGGACCGCCAGGAAUAGCUGGAAGUAGAGGAUUUCCUGGUCCAGAAGGAUUGCAAGGACCAAAAGGUCAGAAAGGCGCACAAGGUCCUCCUGGACCGCCUGGACUGAAAGGAGAUAGAGGACCUAUUGGCGUGCCUGGAUUUUCUGGCAACGAUGGAAAUCCUGGAAGACCUGGAGAAACUGGUCCACCAGGACCACCCGGAUGGGAUGGUUGUAAUGGAACUGAUGGUCUUCCUGGUCUGCCUGGAAUGCCGGGACCACCUGGGUUGCCUGGAUUUCCUGGAACAGCUGGUCUAGAUGGACCAAAAGGAGAGCCAGCCAUUGGAUAUGCUGGUGCGCCAGGAGAAAAAGGAGAUAGCGGUGUUCCUGGUGUACCUGGACUUUCUGGCCCGCCAGGUAGAGAUGGAUAUCCUGGUGAAAAAGGAGAUAGAGGAGAUAUUGGACCAACAGGCCCGCGUGGACCCCCUGGUGAGGUUGGACUGCCUGGUAACCCAGGAAUUGGAAGUAUUGGUCCAAAAGGAGAUGAGGGUGAUUUAGGACUGCCUGGUCCUCCUGGACCACCAGGUCCAAGUGAAUUCACCGGUCAGGCUGCAAUUAUUGGUCCAACUGGUUUUCCGGGAGAGAAAGGCGGAAAGGCGAGAGAACCGGGACCAAGAGGAUAUCCUGGCCAAGCAGGAUUACCAGGCCAGCCUGGAUUGUCAGGAAUUAAAGGAGAAAAAGGAUUGCCUGGCCCUGCUGGUCCUAGAGGAAAAGAAGGCCGACCAGGACAUCCAGGCCCACCUGGUCUUAAAGGAGAUCGUGGUGUUGACGGUAUUUCCGGUGUACCUGGCCCACUAGGCCAGAAAGGAGAACAAGGAUAUCAAGGAAGGGAUGGAACUAAAGGAGAAAGAGGCCCUCCUGGCCCACCUGGUGGUGGGGAAUUCUCUGAUGGACCGCCUGGACCACCUGGCUUGCCUGGUCGUCCCGGUCAACCAGGCCUGCCAGGAAAUGACGGUUAUACAGGCCCGCCAGGUCCACCCGGACCACAAGGAUUACCUGGAGGUGUCGGAGUGCCAGGAUUGCCUGGUUUUGAGGGCGCUCCGGGAAUUAAAGGAGAGAAGGGAGAUUCUGGAAUUCCCGGAGCUCCAGGCAUUGCUGGACCGCCCGGUUUGCCUGGAUUAUUAGGACCGAAAGGAGAACCUGGUCCAAGAGGAACACCGGGUAUAGCAAUUGCUGGACUACAAGGCAAAGAUGGACGUCCAGGAUUGGAUGGUGCCCCAGGAAGGAAAGGAGAGAUGGGAUUAACUGGAAUGCGAGGCCCACCUGGCGAUUCUUUAAAUGGGAUGCCAGGUCCACCAGGCUUUCCCGGAGCCCCUGGUCCAAAAGGAUAUGAUGGCCGUGAUGGUGCACCAGGUCUUCCAGGAAUCCCAGGAAUGAAAGGAGAACGUGGUGGUGAAUGUUCAAUUUGUUCACCUGGUGUCAAAGGCGAGAAGGGCCUUGCAGGUUAUCCAGGAUUACCUGGACCACAAGGUGAUCGUGGUCUACCCGGAAUGCCAGGAAUGGUUGGAGAUGCUGGCGAUGACGGAAUGCCCGGAGCAGUUGGCCCGGCUGGCCCACCUGGUUUGCCAGGAAGAGAUGGAUUACCUGGGGUACCUGGUCUAAAGUAUGCACAAAUUUACUUAUUAUGUUUAGUUAAAUAUAAUUUUUAUCCACCUUCAGAGGUGAACCAACACAAUUGCGUCUUCGACCAGGCCCACCCGGAUAUCCAGGGCCUAAAGGAGAUGGUGGAUUUCCUGGACCGCCUGGGCCAGAAGGCUUGCCAGGAAAAGAAGGCGCAACCGGAUUUCCUGGAGCACAAGGACCUGAAGGACAAAAGGCAUGGCGAGCCAGGAGCUUAUGGAAUCCCUGGAAAGCCCGGACAAGAUGGAUUACCCGGCUUGCCUGGUACCAAAGGAGAACCUGGCUAUGGUCUGUCUGGAGCAGCUGGGUUGCCUGGACCAAAAGGAGAAGCAGGCCUACCAGGUGCACCAGGAUUUCCUGGACAAAAAGGAGAACCUGGACCGAUGCCGCCGUUAAAUUUAUUGCCAGCUGGAAAGGAUGGCCCACCCGGAUUGCCAGGCCUUCCAGGGUUGAAAGGAGAGCCAGGGUUCCCUGGUUUACCAGGUGCUGAUGGCCUUGCUGGCGUGCCUGGUCUACCAGGACAGAAAGGAGAACCCGGUUCUCCAGGAUUUCCAGGCUUAGAAGGACCGCCCGGACCUAUUGGAAUUGAAGGAUCGCCCGGUCAACCUGGCCUUCAAGGCUUACCAGGAUCUAAAGGAGAAGCGGGCAGACCUGGUCAACUCGGAUUUACUGGACAGAAAGGCGAACCAGGACCUUCAAUUCACGGGCCUCCAGGUCCUCCAGGUUUUCCUGGCCUUAAAGGCGAUGCUGGACUACCUGGUCUUCCCGGACAGCCUGGUCUCGAAGGAUUGCCUGGUCAAUCAGGUUUCCCAGGCGCAGCCGGUGCACCAGGAUUUCCCGGACUCAAAGGAGAGCCUGGUCUUUCAGGAUUUCCAGGAAAAGAAGGCAUUGAAGGUCAGCCGGGAUUUCCUGGUUCCCCUGGAGAGAGAGGAGCUGAUGGAUUGCCUGGAUUGCCAGGAAUUCCAGGACAGAAGGGUGAAGCCGGAUAUCCUGGUCUUCCAGGCACUGAUGGUUUACCAGGACCACCAGGUUUUCCAGGCAUGAAAGGAGCUGUUGGUGAACAGGGCCUCGCUGGAAAUCCUGGUCUGCCAGGUGAAAGAGGGCCAGAUGGAUUAAGUGGGCUGCCUGGAUUACAAGGACCUAAAGGAAACCCCGGUCUUCCUGGAUUACCUGGUCGAGAUGGUCUGCCAGGACUGAAUGGACCUAAGGGAGAAGCAGGUCUUCCAGGAUUCCCUGGCCAACGAGGAGAGGAUGGACUUCCUGGCCUACCUGGAUUUAAAGGAGAAGCUGGCUUUCCUGGACAGCCAGGCAUGGUUGGAGCACAAGGUCCACCAGGCCUUCCUGGCUUUCCAGGACUAAAAGGUGAACAAGGCCUGCCUGGUUAUGGACAACCCGGUCUUCCUGGAGAGAAAGGAAUAUCCGGAAUCCCAGGUAAACCUGGACGUCAAGGACCAACCGGCGAAAGAGGUGCUGAUGGUGUGCCUGGAUUCCCGGGACUUAAAGGAGAACCUGGCUAUCAAGGCCGAGAUGGACCUCCUGGGCGAGAAGGCUUCCCUGGAGUGCCAGGUCCUAAAGGCGAUGCUGGUCUACCAGGCCCUCCUGGUUUGCCUGGAAGAGAAGGAUAUCCGGGUUCGCCAGGAAUUCCUGGAGAAAAAGGUGAACAAGGAUUACCUGGUCUGCCUGGGGAAAGAGGCAGUGAUGGAUACCCUGGUGUUAAAGGCGAGCCUGGUUUCCCAGGACAGCCAGGAGCUAUUGGACCAGAAGGACCUAAAGGAAUGAUUGGACUGCCAGGCUUUCCUGGUGUCAAAGGCAUGUCUGGAUCACCAGGACGAGAUGGACUGACAGGACUGCCUGGAGAUAAAGGCGAGGCAGGAUUCCCCGGUCAACCUGGUCAGGACGGUUCACCAGGUUUUUCCGGCCCGAAAGGAACAGCUGGACUUCCUGGUCUUCCCGGAUUGCCAGGCCAAGGAUUUGUCGGGCCGAAAGGAGAAGCUGGAUAUCCUGGAAUCCCUGGAAAAGAUGGUCUUCCUGGAUUAACUGGUCCUAAAGGAGAAGCUGGUUUACCUGGUCCACAAGGUGCUUCUGGUCUUAAAGGCGAAAAUGGACAGCCUGGUUUUCCCGGGCAGAAGCCUGGAUUACCCGGAACACCUGGAAGGAGAGGAGAAGAUGGAUUAGCUGGAUCACCUGGCUUGCAAGGGCCUCCCGGAUUUCCUGGAGAAAAAGGUGAUGCUUGUCUACCUGGUCUUCCUGGACAAAUGGGAAUGCCUGGAUUACCUGGAUUGAAAGGUGAACUCGGUCUGCCUGGCUUCCCUGGCCAAAAGGGCGAUGCUGGAUAUCCAGGUAAUCCUGGGUUACCUGGAUUGCCUGGAGCGAAGGGCGACGCCGGAUAUCCAGGUCCGCCUGGUAUGGACGGACAGAAGGGCGAAAUGGGUCCUCCUGGUUUGCCGGGAAUGCCUGGGCCUUUGCCGCUAACUCAACCAGGAAUGAAAGGCGAAAGAGGUGCCCCUGGCUUGCCAGGUAUUGAUGGAGAAAAAGGCCCACCAGGCUUGGAUGGACUUCCUGGACCUGCUGGAAUCUCAGGUUCUCCCGGUCAGAAAGGAGAGCCUGGUUAUCCAGGUUCGCCAGGCUUUCCUGGAGAAAAAGGUGCUGCUGGUUUACCAGGUUUUCCUGGUCUUGAAGGCACCCCUGGCCCACCAGGUCCUCCAGGCUUACCUGGUUCAAUUGGUCCUCCAGGACCUGCAUAUAAAGACGGUUUUAUUGUUGUUACGCAUUCACAAACAACACAAGUACCGCCCUGCCCACAGAAUACACGCAAACUAUGGGAAGGAUAUUCUCUCCUUUAUUUAGAAGGAAAUGAAAAGGCACAUAAUCAAGACUUGGGGAAUGCUGGUUCUUGUUUACCACGUUUUUCAACUAUGCCAUUCUUAUUCUGUGAUUUCAAUGAUGUUUGCAAUUAUGCCUCAAGAAAUGACAAAUCCUAUUGGCUUUCAACGGGAGAAGCUCUCCCAAUGAUGCCUGUUAACGAACACGAAAUUCAGCCUUUUAUCUCUCGUUGUGCUGUUUGUGAAGCACCUGCAAAUGUUAUGGCUAUCCACUCUCAGUCAAUUCAAAUUCCAAAUUGUCCAAACGGCUGGAGUUCACUUUGGAUUGGGUAUUCAUUUGCAAUGCACACUGGGGCUGGUGCUGAGGGUGGUGGACAGUCUUUGAGUUCGCCCGGUUCUUGUUUGGAAGAUUUCAGAACAACUCCUUUCAUUGAAUGUAAUGGUGCAAGAGGAUCUUGUCAUUUCUUUGCAAACAAAUUUAGUUUUUGGUUAUCUACAAUUGAUGAUUCACAACAAUUUACUAUACCACAAAGUCAAACAGUAAAAGCUGGUUCUACACGUUCAAGAAUUUCUCGCUGCCAAGUUUGUAUCAAAACAAACAGAUAA